CCUGCAAAAUGAACCAUCACUCUUUUCCUAUACUACAUUAUUUAGAGAAGCCUUCUAUAACAAUCCUGCCUGAUUUUACAUCUAAUUUUAUGCCUCUGUUCUGCCUUAUCUGAUAACUGACAUUAAGCCUCUUGUAGUAUGCUUUAUAGGCUCUUGGUUUUAUUUAUAACUCUAUAGUUGCCAGGUUAUAUUUUAUUUUGCUGUAAACUGCCCAAGACAUUGUGCAUCAGUAAUGGGAUGGUAUAUAAACCAGCUAAACUCAGUUCAGUUAUAUAUUUACUGCAGCUUAGGUCAGUGAUUCCCAUGGAGUGAGUGACAAAUAUUGCCUGUGCAAGUAAGGUGGUGGGGGAAAAGAAAAGGGCUGAAAUGUCCUUAGCCCCAAAACAAAAAAUGUGACAUACAAAUGCAUUCACAUUACAUUGCUUCAAAGUAUGUGGACUUACAUAAAAUUUUAUUUCUGUACCUCUCCUUCCCUCCCAACAAGCUAUCCCCAUUUUCUAUUUAAACAACAUGGGCUAAAAGUGUGAGGGAGGAUUUAGGGGUGUGUGUGUGUGUGUGUGUUUCCCCUUGGAAGGGACCAUAAAUCCGCAGCCUGAACUUAACCUCCAACACCUGACCCUCUUCUUCUGCCCGGUGGUUCCAAGCCAGUCUGAGGAAGUGAAUUUCCUCAGGGAAGCUCACCUAUGCAUCUAUAUCAAUAUACUGUAAUAUGAGCUUUCCUGGGGACGUCCAUUUCCUCAGACUGGCUUAGAACUACAGCCCCGUAUAGGUGAUAUAGAUACAGAGGUGAUAUAUAUAAAGGUUUUUUUUUAAAAGAAACGCGUUUUUGUCUUAUUUAUUUAGUUUACUUUUUCUAUUUUGCUUUUCCCGACACAGCCAGGGCGAACAUCCAGAGCGAAAACCUUAGGCCGCCGCCUCGUUACUUCUACUUCUCCUCCCCGCCCCGCCACUUGUUCUUUUGCCUUCCCAACGGCGGAGACAAAUUGGGGGAAGAUGGGCAAAUUGGAUUUGGAUCUCAAUUUAUUUUAAGCGGCGAGGUGUAGCCACGCGGGCCGUUCCUUAAAACCGCCUCCUGGUUGGGAUGCAGCUCGUUCACGAUGCUGGAUGAAAAUCAUCAUCUAAUACAGUGUAUUAUGGACUAUCAAAGCAAGGGGAAAACAGCAGAAUGUACUCAGUAUCAACAAAUCUUGCACAGAAAUCUGGUUUACUUAGCAACGAUAGCAGACUCAAACCAAAAUAUGCAGUCCCUGCUUCCUGCUCCACCGACACAAAAUAUGUCCCUAGGCCCGGGAGGAAUGAAUCAGAGUGCAUCCAACCAGUCUCUCCAUCCACAGAGCAACCUCAGUGAUGCAAUCGGGACAGGCCUUCCGCCUUCCUCCCUCAUGCAGAGUCAGAUUAGCAACGGACCCAAUCAUGUAUCUAUGCAGCAGUCAGGCCAGAACACCAUGCCCACCACUUCCCUCAGCAUGACGGUCAGUAGCCAUGGAACAGGAUCCGGCUACAGCCAUACAGUGCCUGCAUCACAGAAUGUGCCCUUGCAAGGCCAGGGAACAAUCGGCAACUAUGUCUCACGGACAAAUAUCAACAUGCAGUCUAAUCCAGUCUCCAUGAUGCACCAGCAAGCAGCAACGUCGCAUUACAAUUCUGCACAAGCGGGGACUCAGCACUACCAAGGGCAGUCGUCCAUUGCCAUGAUGAGUCAGAGUAACCAAGGCAACAGCAUGAUGGGGCAACGGCCAAUGGGCCCGUACCGGCCUUCCCAGCAAGGUUCUUCUCAGCAGUACAUGGGCCAGGAAGAAUACUACAGUGAACAGUACAGUCAUGGGCAAGGGUCAUCAGAGCCCAUAAACCAGCAAUAUUAUCCUGAUGGUCACAGUGAUUACGCCUACCAGCAAUCAUCUUACUCUGAACAAAGUUAUGACAGAUCGUUUGAGGAUUCCACACAGCACUACUAUGAAGGCGGAAAUUCCCAGUAUAGCCAGCAGCAGGCGGGAUAUCAACAAGGAGCUGCACAACAGCAAACAUAUUCACAGCAGCAAUACCCAAAUCAACAAAGUUAUCCAGGACAACAACAAGGAUAUGGUCCUGCCCAGGGAGCUUCAUCACAAUACUCAAGUUACCAACAGGGACAGGGACAACAGUAUGGAAGUUACAGAGCUUCACAAACAGGACCAUCCGCACAGCAACAGAGGCCUUAUGGCUACGAGCAGGGCCAGUAUGGAAACUAUCAGCAAUAAAAGGACAAGCAUCUGUGUCAGAUUUGUUUUGAUAUAUAUGUCCGUCUUCUGACCCUGGAUGUGCGGGCAGUUUUUGAUUACUUGUAAUACGUUGGUUAUCCUUUUAGCACAAAAGGAGCAUCUGUACGUGAAACAGUAUUCAUUUCAUGCUGGAUAUGAAGCAGUGCUCUACUGGUAACAAGGCAAUGCUUUAAUGGUUUGGUAUAUUUUGGUGCUGUGUAUAGUAUUGUAUGUUGAUACAAUGCAGAAGUUCUUCCUUCUCCUUCCCCUGUCCCGUUUUGAUGUUUUCAACUAGCUUUAGAGGUCAUUUCAUCAAUGGAAUUAGAUGCGUUCACACACACGUUCCCUAUUUUCUUUUCAAAAACUACAAUAUACGUCAGAUGUGCAACUGAGUUGGUCCUUGUUCUUUGGUCAUGCUGGUAGUUCAACAAUGGUUUCUAAUGUAAAAUUCUAACCCAAAUACAUUACAGAUUAUUUUAUAUGCUCUGAAAUGCAUAGAUUUUAAUUGGACCAUGACCAAAAUAGGCUCCGUUUUUUAAUAUAUAAUUUAUUUGUAUUCUAAAUCACACAUGCUUAAAAUAUAUGAAUAUAUGUUUGAUUUGCUGACUCCCUUCAAGAUGCAGCAGUAAUUUUGUACAGUGAAUCUAGGAUUUUCUGUGGAAUUUACUCCCAUGUAAAUGUGCUACAUACCUUUCUGCCAGUUAUUUAUUGUUGCGGUUUUUGCUGAAUUAACAUGGGAAUUGACCCUGUUAUGGUAAGAUUCCCAUAAUAGGUCAAUACCAAAGAAGCAUUCAGCCAUGGAAACAUGGGAACUUCUUCUAAACUGCUGGAGGGUAUUCCAUUUCAGUUGUCUGGAAAUGUGACGAAUUCGGUUAGGAUGUGAAUAAGAAAUAUUGAAGCUGGUUAACUGGAAAUACUAAUUCUUUUUUUGUUCUCUGAUCAGAAAGUCCUCUUCCCAAGAGCACAUAUAUAGGAGUUAUAUUUUGUAUUUUAGGAUAUGUUUAUUCAAAUUGUUGUGGGUUUCAGCCAUGUACUUUAAAGAAAGAGUAUUUGGAGAAGUCGGCCUGACAAGCCCCACUAAUAUUAUAUUGGAUAUUGCAAGUCAGGAUCUUUUUUUUUUCUCAAUCAACUUUCUUCCUUCAAGUUGUAAGUAAGAUAACACACACACCAUCCUGCCCCAUUAUUAAUUUACCACAGAGUAGAGCAUUCCUGCAUUGCCCACAGCCACAGUAGUUCCAAUGUUCGGGAGGGGGGGGGAAGUCAUUUUGCUUUAGCAUAAAAGAAAGUUAUUGCAAAUGCAGAUAUACAGUCUAAUGUCCAUGCAUAAACAAUUCCAGAUUUAUAUUUUGAGGCAUAUGUGCUUAAGACUGCAGUCUUUAAAGACCUACAGUACUGUCUUCCAGUGCAAACAUUUAUACCAUUUAUAGCAAAAUGAACAGGGGAAAUAAUUUAAGCCUUCAUAAUAGAAUCCAGCUAAACCAAUGUUGUUUGAAAUCCCAAUGGGUGCAUCUGAAGUGUGUGGAAUGCAUCCUUGAAAUCAGCAGGACUGACUUGAAGGACAUAACUAUAGAUAGAACUGCCUCCUCCGUCUGCUCGAAUAAAACCUGCUACUUUGGAAACUCUUCAUCUGUUUUACCUGGGCUAUGGAUAAAACAAACACUAGUAUUCAGUCUGUCAGAAGUCAGUAUCAUUUCAUAUCCCACUCACAAAAUCAAUAUUAGCUGGAAUUACAACCUAGUCUGCUACAGAAUAAUUACAGAGUGCAGACUAAUGAAUGUGUGAGUUUCCUAACCACCUAAUGAGUUGCCUUUUUGUUUUUCAAGAUUUUCCAGCAACUAGUACCCUGUUUCCCUGAAAAUAAGCCCUAA